AUGAAAACGGGUCUUUGGUUGGGAGCUGACAUCGUGAAGGCUUCUGUGGGGUUACGAUCAUCUUUACUUCUCUGCAUAAUUUCGGCGUUUUCUGAGGAAGAGUCAGUGUCCAUAGGGUGUACUUCUACAUUCUGGACUGUUGUUCCACUGACUCUCCUUGGUCAAGGCCGCCUCUUGCAUUCUGAUGAAGUGUCUCUGAGAACUGGCUGUCCUGUCACCAGCCUAACUGAGAAGGGGUAUGAGUUUAAUUAUCUUGUCAUUGAGUGUGGGAUUCAGAAAGAGCACUGUGAUUUUCUCUUCUUUAAAACUUGUAGCUCACCAUUUUUGGAUGCCACUCCAAGCACUAUCAACAACCAUCUUACAAAGUUCAAAAAUGAUAUUCCCUCUACCAGUUCUUGUUCUUCCUGGAACUUAACCAACCCUUACCUGUUUGAAUUGCCUUGGAUUCCAUACUUGCAACACUCCUCGCCAUCCCAUCAGUCACUUCCACUUAAAAUGCCUCAUUCUUUAGUUCAUGAGAGUGCAAAUGUGGUUCUGUUCUAG